AUGAAUGUGUCCAGCACCUGCAAUGUCACAAAUCUAGAACUGUAUGACCACAUUCGUCUCAUUGAAUUUGUUCUGUAUAACCUCAUUUUCUUUUUUGGAGCACUAUUUAAUGUUCUUGCCCUCUGGGUUUUCUGCAAGAUGAAGAAGUGGACAGAAACCAGGGUGUAUGCAAUCAAUUUAGUCUUUGCAGACUGCUUUGUCAUCUGCACCUUGCCUUUUGUGGCUUAUUUUCUCUGGAAUAAAUCAGCUCGAAGUGAACUCUGCCAGGUUAUCGAGGCAAUGUAUCUUAUCAACAUGGUAAUGAGCAUCUACGUCAUUUCGUUUAUCUCCAUUGAUCGAUACAUUGCCAUAAAGUAUCCCUUGAAAGCCAGGACCUUCAGGUCUCCAUCAAAGGCUGCUCUUCUCUGUGGGCUUCUUUGGCUGUCUGUGAUAAUUGGGGUCACCUUAGACUGUCAGCAGAGAAACGCUGCUCUUUGCUUUGAUAGCGAUAUCACUACUCUGAGCCUGCUAUCCUUUUCCCUCGGGUUUACUCUGCCGUUAAUAAUCUCACCAAUUUGCUCCAUAGUCGUAAUCAGAAACCUUAAGAGACAUCUGAGCACAAAUCCACCAGACAAGAAAUUAAUCCAGAGAGCUGUUCAUGUUGUUUAUGCAAAUCUGAUUUCAUUUCUGAUAUGUUUUCUGCCAGCCUACCUCGGGGUACUGGCUGGGUUCAUAAUAGAGAGUGUUGCAGCUACCUGUUUCCUGCUCCAGGUUAUGAAGAACUUAUCCUCAGUGACCAGGUGUAUUGCCACAUCCAACUGCUGCCUGGAUGGUGUCUGCUACUACUUUAUGACAAAGGAGUUCCAUGAAGCCCUUCUACAGCCCAAAUCCAGUACUAUAAAAACCGAUCAAACCCAACCUUUGCAGACACACACUUGUUAA